AUUAAUGAAUUUAUAUGAGCUCUAACCCCAGGUGUAUCAGACCUAAGAAAAGUGACAGGGUUAUGUUUGGAAAAGCAGAAUGUGGAACAAAGCCCAGAGUAAAUUUUGAGGGCCUUCCAGUUUUCUCUCUGCUAAUCUGGACAAGGUUAAAAGAAAAUUGUAAUCCCUAUCUAAGUUACUGACAACUUCCUGGGGAGUCUCAAGCUCUAUAGGAGAUCCAUGGCAGUGAGUUUGAAUGAUUCUUAGUACUGGGCCAUAUCAAAUUAUGAAUACUCAUAAUUUAGCAAAUCAGGAUUUCGCUUGAUGACCAUCCUAUCCCCAGCUUCACUCCUUAUUUGGAAAAGGGUUCUGGCAGCUUUAUUUCUGGCAUCUAUGUUUAUUGUUAAGUGAAGCUGAUUAACUGAAUAAAUAAUUUAUGCUUCCAGGAGGAAGCCCUGCAUUUUACCACAUUUUCUGCUUACAGUACAGUGUCCAAGAAACCAUGGGGUUACCUAUGUCUGUAUAUGGUAGCAAGAUGUCAUAAAAGAAGUGAUGUGCACAGAAUGCUGGGGUUAAAACAAUUCUUGGGUUCCAGUCCAAAGCUGCUGUGUCUCUACUGUUGGUCAGGGAAGUCAAGAACAAAGAAAGCAAAAGUUAGAUUGAAAAUCGUAUCCAAUUGCUUGAGACAAGGCCUUCAAUGUAUUGCAAAGGUUGCUUCACCUCUUCGGAGAAGAGUAGUUCAGAAUCAGAAAAGGAAACCAUUUGACUCAGCUGAAGAAGUGCAAGCAGCAGUAGAAUAACUACUGAGACUUCAUAAGCCCCGCAUUCCACUAGAUAUAUGAGAGCAUUAAAGAUCUCUCCAGAAGAUGCCGCAGCUACUCCAUGCCCCAUGAAUUACUGCAUGGAGAAAAGCAGAGCCUUAAGAUGAAUAUCAAUUUCCGACAACAGCCUGAGCUUCAACUGAACUACAAAGGAACUGCCAAGCAAAAUUCAAAUGAGCCCUUGCAAAGAGGAGGAACUUAUUUUGUUUGUAGACACUCCCCACACCCUAAAAAUGUAUGUCACAUUAAAGGAUUAAAUGAUGCCCCUGUCUGCUUUGUACGAGACCGAGGGUACAAUGAAGGGCAUUUCGUCAUGCCAGGCCCAGCAUACAACCAGCCUCAUAGGCAUCUUGGAAACACAGCAGAUAAGAUUUUUCCUAAUAAUACUUUGCCAGCAUUGGUAACAGAGGGAGUUGGAGUAACUCUUCCACAUCUUACUAAAGAUGAAGGUGCUGAGCUGAAAAGUCAAGGAAGAAACACUCCUCUCUUAAGGAAAAAGGAUGAGCCUCUGACAAAAUACUUAGAAGACCGUCCACAAAGUAGGGCUUCUCAGGAUCUCCACCUUUUGCCUCUUCAGAGAACGCACUAUAAAGAAAACUUCAAGGAAAAUAUGAAUUAUGCCCCAAGCUAUCUGGAUCAAGAAAUAAAAAUCCUAGAAAAACUCUGUGACAUUUUACAGACAGACACCAUUGGAGGGAUUCAAAAGUGGCUAUCCAAGGCAAGUGUGAGAGAUAAAGAGUUUGUCUCCAAUUUCAUACGCUCCGAUAUGACCAGCCGUGACCUUUUGUAUUUUAAGCCAAUAGUCCAGCCUGAAAGUGAACUUCCAAACAUUCAGGCUUUGCUGAGAGGGCAAAAAGGAACACCUAAUGAAGGUAGCCGUGUCAGGACUUCAAGCCAAGCAUCGCUAGUCAGUAGAGGAUCAAGACCAGAUACAGAAAUAAGUCAUUUAUUUGCAAAGAGAGGGAAAAUAGAUGAAAAUGAGGAGGAUCUUCCCAGCAGUUCUGCAAAUCCCUCAAGUAGCACUCAGUCUGCUUUCUCCGCCCAAAAUAACAACCUUUUGUUAUACCACAAGACUCGCCUUAAAAAAACUUAAUUCAGGAGGAAUUCUUCACACCUGUUCCUGUCCUGAGAAUCUUUGAAAAUGACCAUGGUAUUUUCUUGGAAGGUAGCGUGCAAUGAAUCUCUGACAGUGACCUCCUGAUCUAAGGCCAAAUCUUGAACAUUAAUACAGUGAACUAGUAAUGAAAAUGCUAAAUACAUUUUAUUU